CUCAACUUGAUACGCUCUACAACCACGUGAUGAUCUGAUGUUUAUUGAUAAUGCAUUUCUGAAUAACAACCGACACUUUAACGUAGUGUGUAAAAUACUUCAGUUGGACUACUUUGAUGAAUGUGUAUACGGAAUAAAGAACGUUAUCUCGUUAUAUAUCAUUCAUAUACAGACAAUUAAAAUGAUGGAACGUAUAUCACCAAAUGAAGAAAAUCUUUCUCCACUUAUAGAAGGUAUAGUCGAGUCAGUGCAAAAAGAAACUAAAUGUGAGAGAGCAGACCAGAUUCGUGAUGCAAUUGAAUGCCAUUUAAAAACUUGGCUGGAUGAGAUGGAAAAUAUCAAUCCAUUGUUUAAGGUAUCGGAGUUGAUUCAGGUCGGAAGUUAUGCGGAGGGGACUAAAAUAAUACAUCCUGAUGAGUUCGACUUUUUAGCUGUAGUUGAUGACUUGUCGCAACCAGGUUCUGUAAUUAUAGAUAAAUGUGCAAGUGGCCUUCAAAGUGGUUUAGUGAGAGUUGCAGUUGCAGACGACAGAUUAAAGUCUAGAUGGAACUCGCUUUGUAAAAAUGGUCAUCUGCAUUGUUUUCAACCCAUAAAUUUUCCAGUGAGAGACGAUAAAUGUAGGUUCGGACAUGUUUUUAUUUCCUUACUGUGGAAGAAAGUACGAAGUGGAAAGAGGAUAGGACCGACCAGCGGGUCGCCAACAGACAUAGCCUGUAGAAUUCAGUUACCAACAGUAAACAAUAUUCCCUUAUUUUUAGUAGGGGCGGAUUACAAGGCACCUAACGUUCUCAUCAAAUUUGAACUGGAAAACAGAGAAAUAACUGUAGAUUUAUCCCCCGCAAUCAGAUAUCAUAAAAUUGAAGAUUGUUUCGAAGCAGAAGACUGUGUAGGCCCAGCUUUUGCAGAACUUGUUUUAAGUCGCAAGUCUCUCUUGCUUAUCGGGACUAGGCAUGAAUUCGAUUUUAAGGUGACUGUGACGGAAGCAGAGGUUCAAUACAUGCACUCUGUUAUGAAAAAAGAGCACAAACUCAUCUACAUAUUCAUGAAAUAUAUUGAGAAAUUAUACGCUGAUCACCUCAACCCCGUUACAUCGUUUUCUUCAUACAUGCUGAAAACAGUUUGUAUUCACCAUGAUAUCAAGUGUAUUACCGAAGACAGAACUAUCGCAAAAUGCCUCAAAUCUGUGAUUAGGGAACUAGAUGUGUGCACACGCAGGAUACGUUAUUAG